AUGCCCGUCGUCAAAGGAGGCGUGUGGACCAACAUCGAGGAUGAGAUCCUCAAGGCAUCCGUCAGCAAGUAUGGCCUGAACCAAUGGGCACGCGUCUCGUCGCUGCUGGCGCGCAAGACGCCCAAACAAUGCAAGGCCCGAUGGAAUGAAUGGCUCGACCCCAGCAUCAAGAAAAUCGAGUGGAGCAAGGAGGAGGACGAGAAGUUGCUUCAUCUCGCCAAGUUGAUGCCCACACAGUGGCGUACCAUUGCCCCGAUUGUCGGGCGUACCGCCAAUCAGUGCCUCGAGCGAUACCAACGCCUCCUCGAUGAAGCCGAGCAGAGAGAGUCGUCUUCUCUGGGCCUCAUGGGCCCCGACGGUGGCGAGACCCAAGCUCCAUCCGCCGAUGAUGUCCGCCGCCUACGCCCGGGCGAGGUCGACCCCGAUCCCGAGACGAAGCCCGCCCGUCCCGACACGAUCGAUCUCGACGAGGACGAGAAGGAGAUGCUGAGCGAGGCCCGCGCCCGUCUCGCUAAUACACAGGGUAAAAAGGCAAAGCGGAAGGCUCGUGAAAGACAGCAAGAGGAGUCCCGCCGUUUAGCUGCUUUGCAGAAGCGACGAGAGCUCAAGACGGCCGGGAUCAACAUCAAGGUUACGACGCGCAAGAAGGGUCAGAUGGACUACAACGCCGACAUUCCCUUUGAGAAGAAGGCUGUGCCUGGUUUCUAUGACACAACGGAAGAAAUUUCCCGCAACGAAUUCCAACGCUCUCACUUUGACCCCAAGAAACAACAGGUUGGCAACAAGCGCAAGGGCGACGAGGAUGGCGAUGCCGACCGCAAGAGGAGGAAGAACGAGAAAGAUGGGCCUUCGGCAUCAACACAGGCGGCGCUCAAGGCAGGCCAAAUGCAGAAGAUCCGUGAGGCGGAGCAGAGCAGCAAGCGCAAAUCUUUGGUGCUGCCAGCGCCACAGGUUGACGAAGGCGAGCUGGAGGAGAUCGUCAAGAUGGGGAUGAUUGGCGAACGGGCGAGCGCCAUGGCCCGUGACAGCGAAAACGAUGCCACCCGCGGGCUGCUCGGGAACUACUCAGCACUGCACACAGGGGGCCCGAUCAGAACGCCGCGUGCGCCAGCCCAGGAAGACCACAUUGCCAACGAAAUCCGCAACAUUCGUGCCUUGACGGAGACGCAGUCGUCCUUGCUAGGCGGGGAAAACACGCCUUUGCGCGAGGGCGCGGGAUCUACCGGUUUCGAGUCAGUAGCACCGAGAAAACACGUCGUCGCAACUCCAAAUCCUCUUGCGACACCCUUGCGAUCCGGGGCAAAUGGAGUUGGGGCGACACCUCUGCGUGUUGGACAAACGCCACUGCGGACACCUCGCGAUACCUUCGCCCUCAAUGCGGCUGACAACGAUAUGGAUAUGGUUGGAGGAACGCCCGCGGAUGCUAAGAUGCGUGAGUUGUCUCUUCGCCACCAACUCAAGCAACGUCUUGCCACCCUACCAAAACCGAAGGAAACGGAAUGGGAACUCGAGUUACCCGACGAUCAACAAGAACCACUCACUGCCGAGCAGUUGGAGGAAGAUGCUGCGGAACGCGAUCGCAGGGAGCGGGAAGUGCGCGAGGCCAUUGAGCUCCUUGAACGGAAGCGGCGUACCCAGGUUAUGCAACGAGACCUUCCUCGACCGGUGACGGUGGACUACAACGUGCUUGUGCGGGCUGCAUCCGAGAUUGAAGACCCGGCGCUAGCACUCGUAUCCCGCGAGGCCGCCCUGCUGAUGGCAUACGACGCGACAAAGUACCCGCUUCCCGGCGCGCCCCCGACAAGCAAACCGGUUGCCCUACCGCAGAUUGACGAUUCCGCUCUUGCGGAGGCUCAGCUACAGGUGCUUAUGGAAAUGAAGCAUCAGCUGAAGCCGGACGAAAUUGAGGCCGUCUGGAACAAGGAGAAUAGCAACUCGUUGCUCCUCGGGCUUGGCUGCUACGAUGAUGACGACGAGGAGGACCAAAUUGCGACACUCAAAGCCACACUUGAUACAGCGAUUGAAUCUCUCCUAUCCUCGGCCGAAAAGGGCAAUAAGCUCGAGAAGAAACUCGGCCUGCACCUGGGUGGCUAUAAACACCGCGCCGAGAUGCUCCGCAAGAAAAUUGGUGAAGCCCACAUCGCGCUCGAGAAGGCGCGCCAUGCCCUCGCCAGCUUCCGUAUCCUCGAGGCCAGUGAGAAGCAGGCCAUCCAGCAGCGUCUGGCGGCGCUCCGAGCCGAAGUUGCGUUUGUUAGCACAAGGGAACGUGAAGCGCAAGAGUUAUACCGCAAGGUGAGGGGGGAAUUGGAAGAUAUGAGGAUAGAUCAGUAA